AUCACCACCCUGUUCCUAUCCAAAAAAAUCCCUUCCAAAAUUUUCCCCCACUUUCUGAUUCUCGCGUAUCUCUCUGAGUCACCAAAAGAAAAGUGAAAACCCAAAUAGCACAAUGCCUCUUCUUCUUCUCCACCUUCAACCCUCCCUGGGGUUUCGAAACCCCGUUCAUCCCGUCCCUGCAACAAAAACACCCACCAGAGCAUCGUCCCAUCUCUCUUCACCAACCCAAAAUUCAACCAAUUUCAGCAAAUGGGUCGCCGAUUUUCGAUCCAAAUCUUGGAAUUUCGCACUCUCCGGCGCUCUCUCCCUCGCAUUAUCUCUCACCGGAGUUGGAUUCGCUGAGGGAAAAGUGGGGGUUAACAAGCCAGAAUUGCUUCCUAAAGAGUUUAGUACAGUUAUUGAUGUAGCUGGAUUCCUUUCGGAUGGCCAGGAGAAAAGACUUGCUCGGGAGAUUAAUGAUAUCGAGAAGGAUACAGGAUUUAAGCUGAGAGUAUUAGCUCAGAACUAUCCUAACACACCUGGGUUAGCGAUUAAGGAUUUUUGGCAAGUAGAUGAUAGAACAAUCGUCUUUGUCGCCGACCCCACCUUUGGCAAUAUCAUAAACUUCAAUGUGGGGAACACGGUGGAUUUAGACAUACCACGCAGCUUCUGGAGUCGUUUGGCUGGUAAAUACGGAAACAUCUUUUAUUGGAAAGAGAAGGGGGAAGAUGCAUCUAUUGAAGCUGCUGUCAUGGCAAUAUCAAAUUGCUUGAGAGAACCAGUGGGCCGAAAUAAUUGCUCAGAGGUGAAAUAGUAUAUCACAAAGCAUACUCGAAUACAUUCGUGUGCACAAACCUGCCUGUGUCAUGUGUAUUUAAGCUGAAAAUAUUUCUGAAUAACUUCUGACCAACUUCUCGAAUAUGAAAAAUAUUCGUGAAUCUGAGUCUUACUAAUCGUGAUUAACUGAUAUUGUUUCUGUAAAGCAUUUAGGGAAGCAAAUGUACCCUUAAAAACGUCGGUGCUAUGCUGUUUUUGAUUAGGGCA